CUAACCGGACUGAUUUGAGAAGGGACCGGAAGUGUCACCGUGCUGAAGUUGUGGUGAAAGUAGCGGAGUGAUGAAUUUGUUUGUUAAACGUCUUGUUUAGUUUAUUACAGUAAACAUGGCGGCUAAGCGUAAAGCGGACGCGAUGGUUCCUGCGGAGGAGAGCGACCAGCUGCUGAUCCGCCCGCUAGGAGCCGGUCAGGAAGUUGGACGGUCCUGCAUCAUCCUGGAGUUCAAAGGCAGAAAAAUCAUGCUGGACUGUGGGAUCCAUCCUGGUCUGGAGGGGAUGGAUGCUCUGCCCUACAUCGACCUGAUCGACCCGGCUGAGAUCGACCUGCUGCUCAUCAGCCACUUCCACUUGGACCACUGUGGAGCGCUUCCCUGGUUCCUGCAGAAGACCAGCUUUAAGGGCCGUACUUUCAUGACGCACGCCACCAAGGCCAUCUACCGCUGGCUACUGUCUGACUACGUCAAAGUCAGCAACAUCUCGGCGGACGACAUGCUGUACACCGAGACGGACCUGGAGGACAGCAUGGAGAAGAUCGAAACCAUCAACUUCCAUGAGGUGAAAGAAGUGGCGGGCAUCAAGUUCUGGUGUUACCACGCCGGCCACGUUCUGGGCGCCGCCAUGUUCAUGAUUGAGAUCGCCGGCGUCAAGCUGCUGUACACCGGGGAUUUCUCCCGGCAGGAGGACAGACACCUGAUGGCGGCGGAGAUCCCCAGCGUGAAGCCAGAUAUUCUCAUCACAGAGUCGACGUACGGAACCCACAUCCAUGAGAAACGGGAGGAGCGAGAGGCUCGCUUCUGCAACACGGUGCACGACAUCGUGAACCGCGAGGGCCGCUGCCUGAUCCCCGUUUUCGCCUUGGGACGAGCCCAGGAGCUGCUGCUCAUCCUGGACGAGUACUGGCAGAACCACCCGGAGCUCCACGACAUUCCCAUCUACUACGCCUCGUCUCUGGCCAGGAAGUGCAUGGCCGUCUACCAGACCUACAUCAACGCCAUGAACGACAAGAUCCGCAAGGCCAUCAACGUCAACAACCCCUUCGUCUUCAAGCACAUCAGCAACCUGAAGAGCAUGGAUCAUUUUGACGACAUCGGCCCCAGCGUGGUGAUGGCGUCGCCUGGUAUGAUGCAGAGCGGACUCUCCAGAGAGCUGUUUGAGAGCUGGUGCACCGACAAGAGGAACGGCGUCAUCAUCGCCGGGUACUGCGUGGAGGGAACGCUGGCCAAGCACAUCAUGACUGAACCUGAGGAGAUCACCACCAUGUCGGGUCAGAAGCUUCCUCUGAAGAUGUCUGUGGACUACAUCUCCUUCUCAGCUCACACCGACUACCAGCAGACCAGCGAGUUCAUCAGAGCUCUCAAACCUCCCCACGUGAUUCUGGUCCAUGGAGAGCAGAACGAGAUGGCCCGACUGAAGGCGGCUCUGAUCCGGGAGUAUGAAGACAAUGACGAGGUCCACAUCGAGGUCCACAACCCGAGGAACACCGAGGCCGUAACUCUCACCUUCAGAGGAGAGAAGCUGGCGAAGGUGAUGGGUGCGCUCGCAGACAAGAAGUGCGCUCAGGACCAGAGGGUCUCCGGGAUCCUGGUCAAGAGGAACUUUAACUACCACAUCAUGACCCCAGCUGACCUCUCCAACUACACGGAUCUGUCCGUUGGCAUGGUGACCCAGACUCAGGCCAUCCCGUUCACCGGACCCAUCUCCCUGCUGGUGAGCCAGCUGAGAAACCUGGCAGGCGACGUGCAGCAGGUGGAGAAGACGGAGAAAAUCACAGUGAAGAUCUUUGAAAGCAUCACGCUGGUCCAUGAAGCCGGCAUGGUGCUGCUGGAGUGGGUCGCCAACCCGCUCAACGACAUGUACGCAGACGCCGUCGCCACGGUGGUUCUGGAGGUCCAGUCCAAUCCCAACGCCCAGAAGUUCCUGGACAGCAGGAAGGAGACCUUCGACAUGGAGGUGUUUGUGGAGCGUCUGGAGCUCAUGAUGCAUGACAUGUUCGGGGACGACUGCGUGAAUUUCAAAGACAGCAGGAAUUUGUUUGUGACGGUGGACGGCGCCACGGCAACAAUCGACCCGGAGACGAGAGCGGUGACGUGUCCGGACGACGAGCCUCUGAGGGAAAUGAUUGAAGUCGCCAUCCAUCGACUCUUUGAGGCCCUCACGCCUGUCUUCUGACAGGCCACGCCCCCUUUAUUUCAGCACAUUAUUUUUUUACAAUGCAGCUGUUGUCAGAUGUCCGUAACGAUUGUUUUUGUACAAAAUAAAACAAAUUUUGCGAGAUUUU